GUGAAUUGUAAUUUUAAAGUUCCUUCAAGAUAAUUCAAAAAUUCGGGAUGAAAUAUUUAUUAAAUUUUAUUAUUUUACUUUUGCUUUUGGAACAUAAUUUGAUAAUAGCUGAAAAUGAAACAGAUAAACAAAUUGAUUCUGAUUGCAGAAAAAUUACAAAUGUUACAGAACAAGAUUUAGAUUUAUUGGAUAAAUUUUCUGAUAAAAGUACUGAUAACGCAAAAUGUUAUUUAAAAUGCUUUUUCGAAAAGCUUGGAUUAUGGAAUAAUGGUGCUGUUCAAGAAGAUGCUUUUGUUAAAAGAAUGUCAUCUGGUUGUCCACCAGGACAAAAUGUUGAUGUUGAAAAAAUUAAAUCUUUAUUAAAUGCAUGCAAAACUCCAUCUGGAAAGAAUGAAUGCGAUUCGGUAUUUCAAUUUUCAGCAUGUGUCAAUAAAAAAAUGCCACAAUUUAAAUUUUGUUAAGUUUUAUGAUUUAUAGGUUUUAUUGGAUAAAAUUUUUACAUAUUUUGCAAUUAAUAUUUUAAUGUAAUUUUGUUGUAAAUUUUAUUUUUUCAUAAUUAUCUUAAAUAAAAAUUUAUUUAGAAAAUCAAA